UGAUCGAUGGACAUGAAUUCACUCGAAUGCCAGUGCACAUCAAAACACACGUACAGUCACACCCGGCAGAAGCAGAGUCUGUCUGUCAUCGGAAGGUCCGUCAACACAUAUCCACAGCAUGGACCCCAUGCACUACACACAAACAUCCCCUACCCUCUCUGCAUUCGAGCAAUCCGUACAAGAAUCAGCGAAGCAAUGAUAUCCGACAUCGAGCAGACACGCAUCCGUCAGAUUGUCCGUCACACGUAUGCACACGACAGGCACAGCCGCUCCUCACUCGUCAUGCUGCUCCUCUCCACAAAUACACCAACCAGAAAGCACCGGUGACCAACGAGCGACCGGGAGAUGACGGUGAUGAUGACAAUGGGACAUUCUGCACGCCGCACGACACCAACUAGACGGCAGGCACGUUUGCCGCCUGCUUCACACGUGCCGCAGACUGAGGCUCUUCUUGUUGCUGCGUUGCUGGUGCCGCAGGCGAGGCCGAGGCCGAGGCCGGGCGUGUGGGCCGCAAAGCCAAGAGAGCCUUGCAGAUCUGGAGAGCGACGUGCGUGUGCUCCACCGCCGCCACCUCACUCGGCAGCAGACCCAGCUCCACCACGGUCUGCCUCAGCGCCUCGAAGUCACCCAGACCCCCCUAUAGCGAAGCGAAAGGCACUCCCUCCUGGUCGUCUCGCCGCACCGACAUGUUGUCGCCGUAGCCGCCCACGAGCUCGGCCCUCUUCUGCGCCUCACGCUGCCACUUGGAGGGAGGGGCGGAAUGCUCGUCGUGGAGGGAUACAGAUGUGGCAGCGGCCGCAGAGGGUGCCCCACCUGCACACCUUCUGGUGGUGCCAGUAGCACCGCUUGUUGGGGCAGGUGCCCUCCUCGGGAUUCAGGUGACCGAUGGAGCCCACGUUGAUCGGCACGCCCUGGUAGUUGCGUGGAAGACGCUCGCGGAUCAAACCGGCGAGGGCGAUGAGCUCACGGCGAUCAAGGUCUGACCGAGUCAAUGGAAGAGAGUAUAUAUGUGUGGCUGGGUGGCAUGGCAUGGCAAGCAGUGUGUUGUGUUGCGCUGCGUGCGUACCGGCUCGGUGUUUGUGUCCCAUGGUGGCGACUUCUCUGUUGUCCUCAACCUUGAUGUGGAUGACCUGCUGGAAGAGGACGGGCGGGAUGGUGCUCUCCUUGUCGCCCAGCUCUACGCCAUCACAACCACCUCGCGCCCGCUGCUCGUCGGCUCCAGACUGUUCUGCACCUGCGACAAGGCCACGUGGCUGCUGUCGUCCCCCUCGAUGUGGAUGCCGGUGUGGCGGUUGCCGCGUCGGGGGCCGCCUUGGGGGACUGCAGGAUGGCCACAUUGAUGACCUCCACCUUUUGACCCGUCAUUGCAUACUC